AUGUUCUUUCUUUCAGGACCCCGUUACCGACGCCCCAAGCAACCAAAAGACAAAAAUAAUGAUGAAAAACGACCGCGUACCGCCUUCUCCAGUGAACAAUUAGCGCGUUUAAAACGUGAGUUCAAUGAAAAUCGUUACCUCACCGAGCGUCGACGCCAACAGUUGAGCUCAGAAUUGGGCUUGAAUGAAGCGCAAAUAAAAAUUUGGUUCCAGAACAAACGUGCUAAAAUUAAAAAAUCCACAGGAUCAAAGAAUCCUUUAGCAUUACAAUUGAUGGCACAGGGUCUAUACAAUCACACUACUGUACCACUGACAAAGGAAGAAGAAGAGCUGGAAAUGCGUAUGAAUGGACAAAUUCCUUAAGGUGUGAAGAAUAUAAAUGGGUGGUUCCAGUAAGCUUCCAGCUUUUCGCGUUAUACUGCGGAGCAACAUUUUUGUGCAAUAAAUAAUUGAAGAAAAAAAGUAUUUUUUUUUUUUUGAAAAGCCGUAGAGUUCA